GGAGCUCUCAGCAGCGGAAGCGGCGGCGCAGCGCGGUGAGUUCGGCGUGAGUUCAGCUCGGCGACGCUGAUGAUGAUGGACCCGCUGGACGCGGUUCUGGACGAGGUGGCGCUGGAGGGUUUGGACGGGAUCAGCAUGCAGACCCUCUGGCUGCGGCUGCAGAGUCGACAGCCCGAGUUCGGUCUGAACCUGGAUCCGCUCAGUCAGCAGUUCAUCUGGAGCUGCUUGAUCCGAGCCGCGGAGAUCCGCUUCUACCUGCUGCCGGAGGACCGGAGAGCCGUCACCCUGCACGACCGGUUCGUGGAGGUGGACCGGGACACAGGGAUCCAGGAGCUGCGUGGGGUGGAGCCGCAGGAGGUGUAUCCGGUGAGCGUGGUGGCGGAUGCGGCCGGUGUUCAGGGCUCCUGUGUGUUCUUCAGAGAGCGUGUGGAUGUGAGCGCUGAUGUCCGAGCGCCGCUGACGCUGGAGCAGGUGCAGAGCCGGUGGGGCGAGCGGCUGGUGCUGGUGGCGUCUCAGGAGCGGCGCUAUCGAGCUCUGAUCGGAGCCGAGGGAAACCCCGAGCUCAAGCUGCCCGACCUCUGCUACUGCAUCCUGGAGAGACUGGGCCGCGCUCGCUGGCAGGGGGAGCUGCAGAGAGACCUGCACACACGCGUCUUCAGGUGACUCACACACACACACACGCACACACACACACACACACACACACACACUCACACUCACACUCACACACACACACA